GUUAGAGUGACUUGUUAUUGGUAAAUAGCCACUAUGGAGACUAAGGACCAGAAGAAACACAGGAAGAAAAACAGUGGACCCAAAGCUGAAAAGAAAAAGAAGCGGCAUCUGCAAGAUCUCCAGCUAGGAGACAAAGAUGCUGGGAAGAGAAAUCUCAAAGCCUUUGCAGUUCAGUCUGCUGUGCGGAUGGCUCGAUCGUUUCACAGGAGUCAGGAUUUGAAGACAGAAAAGUGUCAUAUUCCAGUGGUUGAUCGAACUCCACUAGAGCCCCUACCAAUAGCAGCAGUGGUGACGGGGCCUCCAAAGUUGGAAAGCGCACUUUGAUACAAUGCCUCAUUCGGAACUUCACCCGGCAGAAGUUGACCGAGAUCAGAAGCCCUGUGACGAUCGUGUCAGGUAAAAAGCGCAGACUCGCCAUUAUUGAAUGUGGGUGUGACAUUAACAUGAUGGUUGAUCUGGCUAAAGCAGCAGAUCUGGUACUGAUGCUUAUAGAUGCCAGCUUUGGGUUUGAAAUGGAAACCUUUGAGUUUCUAAACAUCUUUCAAGUACAUGGCUUUCCUAAAAUUAUGGGAGUUCUCACCCACCUCGACUCCUUCAAGCAUAAUAAGAAACUGAAGAAGACAAAGAAGCAAUUAAAACACAGCUUCUGGACAGAAGUUUCCCGGGGUGCCAAACUGUUCUACCUUUCUGGAAUGAUGCAUGGAGAAUAUCAAAACCAAGAAAUCCACAAUCUGGGCCGUUUUAUUACAGUUAUGAAGUUUAGGCCUCUCACAUGGCAAACUUCUCACCCUUAUAUCCUGGCAGACAGGAUGGAAGAUUUGACAAACCCAGAGGAUAUCCGAACAAACAUCAAAUGUGACCGGCAGGUGUCACUUUAUGUUAUUAAGAGGAGCACACUUGAAAAAUAAAAGCCAAAUUCACAUGGCAGGUAUUCUCUUGUUGUAGAACAUACUAGAAUUACACAUAGGAUUCUUGGGAUGGCUUCAUUUCUCAGGAAAACUGAAAAAUGACCCAACAAGGGAAGAUGGCCUUGCUGGAGAUUUUAAAAGUAAAGCAGCUGUGUGUAGGCCUGCAAAGGUGUUACCGAAUCCCCUCUUCUCUGACCUCUUGUCUUGUAGCUAGAGGGCCACUGUUCCAGUGUGGCGCAAUGCCCUUCUUUAGGGUCAUGGGUUCAGCCCUUGGACUGUGGAUCGUUGUUAACCCCCAAGUCAACAGUAGAUACUUACUGACUUCCUGUCAGCUGAAGCUGGCUUUUUGGGUCCU